AUGUCGUCGGGCGGUCUGAUGACAUGCGGCAUCGGAACCUCCACCUCGUCUCCGGAGACGUCGCCGCCCGGUUCGUCGCAAGACGGAUGUGCAGUCUGCGGAGACCGAGUGAACGGGAAACGGUACGGAGCCCCCGCCUGCCUCGGAUGCAUCGUUUUCUUCCGGAGGGCAGUCACCAACGACGUCACCUACAAAUGUCUAAAAGGAGGAAGUUGCGUCAUAACAAAUGGUAGGAAAAGUUUUGAUGAAUAUUUCCGAAAAUACAAAAAAACUGUUCCAUUCCAGAAUCGCGGUGUAUAUGCCGAUAUUGUCGAUUACAAAAGUGCUACACAGUCGGAAUGAAGGCGUCAGCAAUACAAAGGCGAGACGUGAUGGGACCACGGAAGCCGAAAACCGAGAAGAAGGAGAUAAAGCAAGAGCUGGAAGACAACACGCCCAAUCUGAAGUGCCUUUCGAAUCCUUCGAGCAGUAACAGCGUAUUUGACGGUGAGAUUCAACGAAAAACUUGAUAAGAGAUCAUGACAAAGACGUGAGAAUGAUCGCGAAAGUUUUCUGAUUCGCGAUCUUCUGAUGACCGAAUAAUUGACGAUAGCACUCUGAGAUCAGUUAUCACGAACAAAAAUCCCAAUUCUUACCUACUUUGCAGGCUCACCUCUCCCACGGACCGGCCUCAUCGACUGUCUCGUCCGUCUGCAGAGGUACCAAGUCGGAAAGCAUCGAGAGUUUUUCGCGGCCCACGAAGCGCUCAAUUUGGACGGUGAUUUGUACGCUCAUUUGCAGAAGAAAGUAGGUGUCGUUCAUCGUGCCUUCUUGCAGGGCCUCAUGUCCUUAUUUGAAGCUAAACGGCACGAAUCACCGGCGAGCACGAGCGCAGGACGUCAACAGUAUGCUCAAAUUGGGACUGACGGACGCGGCGACGUGGGGCAACCAGUUCGAACCGUUCCGAAGACUCAGCACUGAGGACAAGAAGCACAUUCUCACCGAGUUCGGCUUCACUUUUAUGCUCGUCGAUCAGGGAUUCAAGACGGCGCAGAAGGCGGAACAGGGCUUCUGGCUGCUGCAAAAUGACACUUUCAUGCACGAAAACUACUUUCUCGGGCUGCCCGAGGAGGAUGCGAAAAAGGAGAAUGCGCAGACGAAAGCAAAGUAAGAAACCACUGUGAAGUUGUUCUAAAAUAUUUCUUUUACAGACUUCACCCUCUUUUCGUCAAUGAAAGUCUCAACUGCGUUGGAUAUCCGUUCCAAAAGCUUCAAAUCGACGAGUUUGAGUGUGCCGUUCUCAAGACCAUCCUUCUUCUCACCCGUAAGCUCUUCCUCCGAACUCAUCCACAUUAUCAUCUUCUUAUUCAGAACGCGGCAUCUUCAAAGAGCACUCAGAGUCUGUUCGCGAGCUAUCCAAUCGGUGUAUGAACGAAUUGAUGGAGUAUUCGGUGCGGAAACAUCCGGAAUCUGCGAUCGAACGGUUCGGAACGGUGAUAUUGCUGACCAGUUCGAUCCGAUGCUCCAUAAAUGCGCUCUACAACCAGACGAGAGUGUCCGAUGUGUUCGACCUGAUGAAGUUUGACCCGCUUGUUAGGGAUGUUCUUUUAUCGUGAGUCAUCUUAUUCUAGAUCUUUUUCGCUUUUGUACAAUUGUGGUUUAAUAUGAUCACGGGGGCGAUACAAGCGAUAGUUUAUACGCCUUUCCUUUCCUGUAAUUAGCUGUUUAGGGUAACAUUCCGUGCAAGCGUUUCUCAUUCGGGGUCCCCAAAGUUCUAGUCGUCUUUGCCUUAUGUAUCUGUGAUAAUAUUUCAUUGUUGGGGAUGUAUUUCUAUAUGUCCCCACCCCCUCAUUUCUCAAUUCUGAGUUAAUUUAUUCGUUUGCUCUCGUUCACCACUACAAUCCCACCUCAUUCUGUGUCACACGAGUAUCCGUCCCCACCCUCUUUACCUCCUUUCUCUCUCUCUCUCUCUCAAAUUUCUAGCACGUUCAAUUCUUUCGCCCCACAAGUCAUUUCCCAUCCAAUAAUGUAGAUCUCAAAGUGAUUUUUUAAAAGAAAAGUAAUAAACUGGUUUUACGUUUUUCAGUUUCUUCUUUACUCAUCCUCCAUCUAACAUUCAUUUCAGCAGUGGCAGUGAUGAGUCCCUGGACUACUCCCUCGGAUAUUUUUCACCGAUCACUGCAUGA